CGAUCAGAUUCACCUUCAGAUUCAGCUUCAGACCAAACUCUGAGUGAGUCCAGCUGCAGGAGAGAAAAGUGGAGAAGUACAACACUGCUGCUUCACCCUGCUGACAGUCCACACUCUGAAGCUUCAGUCAGAGACUAAAUGGCUUCCAGAUCAGAGGAGGAUCUCAGCUGUCCGGUCUGUCGUGACAUCUUUAGAGAUCCUGUUGUUCUGUCAUGCAGCCACAGCUUCUGUAAAGACUGUCUGAAGAGCUGGUGGAGACAGAAAGAAACUCGUGAGUGUCCAGUUUGUAAGAGAAGAUCUUCAAGGGCUAAACCACCUUUAAACCUGGUGUUGAAGAACCUGUGUGAGACCUUCUUACAGGAGAGAGAUCAGAGAGCUUCAGAGGCGAUCUGCACUCUGCACUCUGAGAGAUUCAGACUCUUCUGUCUGGACCAUCAGCAGCCGGUUUGUCUCGUCUGCAGAGAUUCAGAAAAACACACCGGCCACAGAUUCAGACCUGUCGAUGAAGCUGCACAACAACACAAGAAGAAACUUCAGGAAACUCUGCAGCCCUUAAAGGAGAAGUUAAAGGUUUGUGAACAAGUUAAAGUGAAGUUUGAUCAAACAGCAGAACACAUCAAGGUCCAGGCAGAACACACAGAGAGGCAGAUUAAGGAGCAGUUUAAGAAGCUUCACCAGUUUCUAGAAGAGGAAGAGGAGGCCAGAGUGGCUGCACUGAGGGAGGAAGAGCAGCAGAAGAGUCAGAUGAUGAAGCAGAAGAUGGAGGACCUGAGCAGAGAGAUAGCAGCUCUUUCAGACACAGCCAGAGCCACAGAGGAGGACCUGAGAGCCGAAGACGUCUCAUUCCUGCAGAACUACAAGGCUGCAGUGGAAAGAGUCCAGCAGCGUCCCCUGCUGGAUGAUCCACAGCUGCCCUCAGGAGCUCUGAUAGACCAGGCCAAACACCUGGGCAACCUGACCUUCAACAUCUGGAACAAGAUGAAGGAGAUGGUCUCAUACACUCCUGUGAUCCUGGACCCAAACACUGCUCAUCCAGAACUCAUCCUGUCCAGAGAUCUGACCAGUGUGAGACAAGGAGAAGAACAGCAGCUUCCUGACAAUCCAGAGAGGUUUGAUUCUUCAUGGUCUGUCCUGGGCUCUGAGGGCUUUAACUCAGGGACUCACAGCUGGGAUGUGGAGGUUGGAGACAGUCCAGGUUGGUGUCUGGGUGUGUUAGAAGAGCCUGUCCAGGGGAAGGGAUUCAUAGAGUCUGAAUUAUGGGGAAUAGAGUUAUAUGAAGGUCAGUACUCAGCACGCUCAAGAUUAGAUGAACUCACUGUUCUCCAAGUGCAGAAGAAGCUCCAGAGGAUCAGAGUGAAUCUGGACUGGGACAGAGGAAAGCUGUCGUUCUCUGAUCCUGAUACUAACGCACACAUACACACCUUCACACACACUUUCACGAAGAAGAUGUUUCCAUUUAUUUUUACUAUGGAUAAACUCCCAUUGAAGAUGUUACCACUGAAGGAAUUUUAAAUUCAGGGUGGUGGAAAACAUGUCAACAGUGGUGGACAACUUACUUGAAUGUGUUACAAUAGAAAUAUUAAUGAAGAAAACAAAAAAUGUCAUUGUGAGUUGUAUGUACAUAACGCCAGGUUCUAAGCUUCACUUAUUUAAGGAAUGGAUGAAGGAAUAUGUGACAAAAGUAAAUCAAAAAGUUAUGUUCAUCUGUGGUGAUUUCAACAUUGAUUUGCUGAACCCAAACAAACAUCAAAAGACAGAAAUAUACAGUUUUAACUUAUUUCCGAAAAUCACCAGACCCAGCAGGAUUACUUCCUAUUGUGCUACAUUAAUUGACAAUAUAUUCUCUAAUGUCAUUGAGAACAAUACAGUGAGUGGAUUAUUAGUAAAUGAUAUCAGUGACCACCUCCCAGUUUUUACAACUUACAACAAUACCUGCAAAUAUAGCAACAUGGACAGCAUAAAAUAUUACAGACGAGUCAGAACAGAGGAAUCGAUGGAUAAACUAAAUAACGAUCAAAUGGCUGGGAACCAAUUUACAAAGAGAAGGAUAUGAAUAAGGUUUAUGAUAGUUUCUUUGAUUGUUCAAUCAAACAAUAUAACAGAAAACAAAAAUAUGGUGACAAUCAAUGGAUCUCAAAGGGACUACAAAAUGCAUGGAAAAAGAAAAAUACAUGAUAUGGAGAAUUAAUAAAAUAUAGAACCAAAGAGGCAGAAAGCAAGUACAAGAAAUAUAAAAACAAGUUCACUCACUUUUUUGAGAAAAUGUAAGAGGGAUUACUUCAAUAAAUUAUUAGAAAACAAUAAAAAUAAUAAAAGGUAUUUGGAAUAUUCUGAACAACAUUAUUAGAAAUUGAUCACAACAGAGAAAUUACCCUAAUUAUUUUAUUGAAAACAAUAUCAAUGUUGAUAACAUGUACUUGGUGGUGAACAAGUUUAAUGACUUUUUUGUGAAUGUAGGACCAGACCUGGCAGAUAAAAUUCCUGCUCCAGCCACAGAUCACAGUGAUAAUGCGGUUUUAAUAGAAAAUAAUCUGAAUUCAAUGUUUCUCAAAGUCACUGACGAAAAAGAAAUAAUAGAAAGAGUCAAUAAAUGUAAAAACAAAACAUCUACUGACUGUGAUGAAAUAGACAUGAAAAUAGUAAAAAAGGUAAUUCUAGCCAUUUCCAAACCACUAACUCACAUCUUCAACUAAUCAUUCCAAACAGGUCAGUUUCCCAGUAAGAUGAAAACAGCAAAAGUUAUUCCAUUGUACAAGAACGGCGACAGACACCACUUCACAAAUUACACGCCUGUUUCUCUUCUCCCACAGUUCUCCAAAAUCCUUGAAAAACUGUUUAAUGACAGAUUAGAUAAAUGUAUAGAAAAACACAAUUUACUCUCAGACAGUCAAUACAGAUUCAGAACUAACCGGUCAACAUCCCUAGCAUUAACUGAACUCAUUGAAGAAAUCACAAAUUCCAUAGACAGUAAAAAAACUCACAGUUCGAGUUUUCAUUGAUUAAAAAAAAGCAUUUGAUACCAUAACCCAUGAAAUAUUAAUCAAUGAACUAGAACAGUACGGAAUCAGAGGAAUUGUGCUAAAAUGGGUGAGAAGCUAUUUGGAGAACAGGGAACAAUUUGUGAAGAUGGGAGAUCAUUAUUCUGUGUGUUUGGAUAUUGUGUGUGGCGUCCAGGUGCUGACACAAAAACAAAAAAUGUCAAAAACACACAGCAGCAAGAGAAAUAAAUGAUCAAUUCAUUCAUGUUUAAGAGAUUUCUGGGAGGAAAAUCUGUAUUUAACCUGAGUGAUGGUGUUAUGAAGCAUGUUUCAGCCUGAAGAACCUCUAUACAGAACAGCUGUCAUCAUGUGAUUUGUACGAGGACGAGCUGCUGCCAGCUGACCAGAACUCUCCCAUCAAGUCUUCAGCAAGAACAUUCCUGCAACCAAAUAUAAUGUGUUUGGUUUUGGCCACUUUCAUACAAAUUCACUCAUUUUAAAAAUUUCAUUCAUUUUUUUUCCUAAUACUUUUAUUGAAAACAAGAUACAUCUAAUCACAAAAUUACAAUUUACCUUCUUUUUUCUGUUUUGUUUUUUAAAUAUAUGCAUAUAUGCACACAUACGUGCACAAAUUUACACAUAUGUACACACACACAUAUACACACAAAAACAUUAAAUGAAAAAGCACUCUCUAAACAGAGGGUAGAAGAAAAUAUGGUACAUUUAAAAAGGAAAGAAAAUCUUAAUAAAAUGAACAAACUACAUGCUCCCACCCCCAAACCUGUAAUGGUCUGAGUUUUGUUUUGCUUCUGUUUGUUUGGAGGGUGUCUGUGUCCUGUGGCCGCUGUUUCUCUCUCCAGCACUGCAGGCUGUGGCUGGGGUGUGUGGCUGACUUACUUUCUGGCUGUGUGCAGCCGGCACUCCUGAUGGCACUCUGCAAUCAACUCACCUCUCCAUAAAGACCGGCUCUGCCUCCACUCCUCUGCCAGAUAUUUCCGUGUCAUUCGGUUGUACCAGGUUCAGGUGGCUUUGUCUAGGUUCUCUGAAAGUUCUUCCUGUUCUGAUCAUUUUUCUUUUGUGCUCUUUCAGGUUGGUGCCUCGCUGCCACACCUCACUUAGAUUUCAGCCAGCCUCCAGCAGCUGCAGCAUGCAGAGACUUUUUCUUGUUAUAUUUUG